UGUUUGCCGCACGUCACUUCCACCCUCCUCUCUCUCUCUCUCUCGCUUCCAUCUUGCUCCCCGCAUGUGUCUGCUGUUAGUUUACAGGUCAGUGAGGAGCUUUAAAUACCUUCUUCCCUGCACUGUUUCCCCCCGAUACGACGCCAAGAGAUGAAAGAAGCAAUUAUGAAUCAAGAAAAACUUGCUAAACUACAGGCACAAGUCCGCAUCGGCGGAAAGGGUAGUGCUCGCAGAAAGAAGAAGGUCGUACACAGAACAGCAACAGCAGACGACAAGAAGCUCCAGUUCUCCUUAAAGAAACUCGGUGUCAACAAUAUCUCUGGUAUUGAAGAGGUUAACAUGUUUACAAAUCAAGGAACAGUCAUCCACUUCAACAAUCCCAAAGUUCAGGCGUCCCUCGCUGCCAACACCUUCACCAUCACCGGCCACGCCGAGACCAAGCAGCUCACCGAAAUGCUGCCGGGUAUCCUGAACCAGCUGGGAGCCGACAGUCUGACGAGCCUCAGGAGACUUGCAGAGGCCCUCCCCAAACAGGCUGCAGAUGGAAAAGCGCCGAUUGCGACAGUAGAAGAAGAAGAUGACGAUGUUCCAGAUCUGGUGGAGAAUUUUGAUGAAGCAUCCAAGGAUGAGGCUAACUAGAGGAAAAAGGGACUCAAAUCUUGACAGGACCAUGUGCGGCACAAGAUGUUUCUCUGUCUGUUUUGAGAGGUGGAAAGUUAAUCGUUUAAGUACCCCGAGAAGACGGAUAAUGUGUCAACUUUUGACUGUGAGCAUUCUGUAAUAUGUGGAACACCUGAACAAAGUACUUGCAUACUCUUGUGAAUUUUUUUUUUUUUUAGAAUAAUACUCUAAAGUAUUAAAAAGCAGGGGGUAGCAGUAUUUUAGUAUUCAUUCCACCUUCUCUUUUCCACCAGACGUUCCACAUGCUUGUUGUGCUCUGUGUGUCCAGCUAGAGUGAGCGAUUGUGUGUAAAAAUGUGGUGUUUAAGGCUCUCGCUGUACAUCUGUUUCCUCCAUGUUACUGAACCUUAAUUCUCUGUGGCCUCGCUCAAACCACCAUAUCUGGAAUAAACCUUUGCUACUGUCAAUAAAUAGUCAAAAUUUUCUGUUUUUCUUUUUCCCCCCUCAAGUACUGUUUCCACAGCUGAAAUACUCCAGUCGCCCUUCUUUUUUGAAUCGGUCAGCAUGCUCAAGUGUGCCGGCUGAUCUUUGACCAGAUUGUUUACAUAGUUGCGCAGCUCUGUUAAAGGAGCACUUCACUUGAAAACCUCAAGUAGUUUUGGAAUAAAGACAUUUUGUUCUCACUGCUGCAUUGCCAGGUGUAGGAUUUCACUCCAUGUAUAGAUCUCACCUGUAUGAUCAAAUAUGUUUUGGGUACAGUCUAAUGGUGUAGUACAAAUGCAGAUGAGAUAUUAUGACCAUCGUAUGAAUAAAGACAGACAAAAAAAUAUAA